AUGAUGUUGUAUCAAAUGCUAUUGUUCAUCUUUUGUAUAACUGGUCAAUUAAUUUCACAAAAUAUUCGUUCCCAAUAUAUGUCUCGAAUUGAUAAUGUGAAAUUUCAAUGUAUUAGUCCAUAUUGUUCAUCGUCGAAUGUCAUAUACGUAAGAGAUUUACUUCAUUGUCAAUCUAUAUGUUUAACAAUGACAUGUCGUACAAUGAGUUUUUAUCAAUCAAUUGAUCAAUGUCAUUUAUUUAAUGAUACUCCAUAUGAAUAUGGUAAUCUUAUUGCACAAAAUGAUGUUGUCACUAUGGUUAUUAUUGAUAAUUCACUUGUCGUUAAUAAAUCCACUAAAACAACAACUGAUAUUCCUAUUUCCAUCACUUCGAAUGAAUUGAUCUCAACAUCAACAAGUGCAGCAGUGACUUCACAAGAGUCCAGUAUUAUAUCAAUGACAACUGUACAAUCGACAUUACCCAUGACGUCUAGUUCAUGUGUCAAUGCAGAAAUAUUUCCAACGGGACGAUCACCAACAAUGGGUUGGUAUUUUCAGAAUGAUCUCAAUGAUAAAUUUCGUAUUUACAAUGGAACUGCUCGAAAUGGUCCAUUAUCAUACAGUUUGGGUCGAAAUGGAUGUGGAAAGUGUGUAAAUUUAUCCUAUGCACUUCAACAAUCUGUUGUAAUAAAUCAGACACCGUUGAUUGACUUACGUUCAAUUUCAUAUUCAAUAGAAGCAUGGAUUUAUCCAACACGAAUUCGUGAUGGAAUUGAACAUGUCAUUUUUGGUCAAUGUUCAAGUUUAGCUACUCGUUCUUGUAUGAGAACAUCGAUCAGUGGUAAUGCCAUUUUGGGUACACUUUUCUAUUCAGACACACAAAUAGGUAGUCGAAUAUUAUCGAAUAAUACUUGGUUUCAUAUCGCGUCUGUUUAUAAUCUAACAGAAACAAGAGUAUCUUUAUAUAUUAAUGGAGUUCUUGAUACAUCGGGAACUUCUCAUGGGCCUACUCAAGCAGUACCAUAUCGACUGGAAAUUGGAAAUGUUGCUCUUUACUCUCCAAGCUCUAAUUUAAGUUUUAAUGGUUGUAUCGAUGAAUUAUGGUUUUAUCCAUUUGCACGAACAAGCGACGAAAUUGCCGCAACGUUUGCAUUGGGUUAA